AUGGCGGCGCCGUUUCUCCACGCGCUACCGACGGACUUUGGUUCCGAGUCAAGCGGACUUAACCCCCCCCGCCCGACUGUCACUGCCUCGCCAGCAUCGUCCAUCUGGAGAGAUCUCCCCGAAGCUGUCUUUCGCCAACAUGUGGUAUCGUUGGAGAAGCUGACCAAUGCUGUUCCUGUCGACGCUGAAUCGUUCCCGCUGCCAUCCUAUUCAACAGCUUCUUCAGAUGGCAAUGCGGAAGCACGUGUUAAAGUGCUUGCAGAUGUGUCCCCAGUGGCGAUCGUAACGGAUGUCUCGCACAGAGAGGGCGCCGACCAAGUCCAGCAUUCCCGUUCUCGCCUGCUGACAAUUGCCACGGAGCAACGUCUGGCAGACGAUAUUGCCUACUUGAUUGCUGUUGGCGAGGGAGCACAGUCCGUUGCUGCCGCCACUGUCCAAGAAAGUCGGAUACAACUCGACGCUACAACUGGAGGUCCCGAUGGAGGCUCCAGUCAAGAUCAACAAACACUCCCAGCAAGUCUCAAGGUCACCAUAGCCUCCGCAGACGCGAUCGAGCCCGAAUCCCAGGCUUUCCUACGCUCUGUUUUCCAAAUCCUCUCUACCCCGCUGCCUGCCAAGCCCUUACAUAGCCUCUUGGACUUGGUCAUCCGGCAUCACCAAACCCGCCUUCUCAACCGGCUUCGAUCCGCAAAAUGGAAGAAGCCAAUCUAUCUCUCCCGCACUCACAAAAAACCCCUGUAUGCCGACUUCGCCAACCUCAUACACCGUGCACAAUUUCUCUACUCCAAGAAAGAAUCAGCCACGCGGGCAGCGCUAGAGUGUAAACUCUCGGAGAUGGCCGCCCUGCUAGAAGCUUUCGAGACAGACCCAGACGACCACGGGAAGCUGGUCGAGAUCGCGCAGUCUAGUUACCAACUUUGCGCGUCCACCCUGGUUGCGAACUAUCUAGAACGCUUGCAAGCUAUCAGGGCAACAGCUCAAAUCCAGGCUUGUCUCAAAACCCUGCGUCAGCUAGAAAAGAUCGCAGCUUACUAUCGCAUCUGUCAAACUUUGACUAGUUUGUCCCACUCACACCCCAUGAUCUUCAACAGCGCUGAACUCGUUUUCUUACCUCCCUACGAGGCAGUGCCGCUUGCUCUCGCCUACCAGCCGUGGGCAAAAUCUACUCACGUGCACGCAGAAGUCAUUCUGUCCGUACAUCACGACUUGGAAAAGCCUGAAAGUUCUUGGCACAAGCCAAGAUGUCUCGGCGCCUCCAAGUACUUUUGCUACCUCUGCUUCUUGUUCAUCCGACAUCAUGGGACCUAUUUCGCGGCUAAUACGCACGGGGCCUGCUAUGACCAAUGGACUAUCCCAGACCUUGCGGACUAUCCUGAGUCCCUCAUAGACCACUACAGGAAAGUUGUGCGAGCGAUGGACGAGGAAGUUCAACAUCAAACGCAUGGCGCGACGUGGAGGCCGGAGCCGAUGACGAGCCGAGAGAACUUGAUAGGACUAAUAGAUGGAUUGAUUUGA